AUGCCUCGCAAUGCCGGUGCGGCACCCUCUCUACGCAAGGGACCCAACUGGUCCUCCCACCUCCGCCAGUUCAGCCGAAGCAGUCUCGAACCGCCCUCAGCGACAUCGUCCGUCGACUCGCCCCGAUCUCCCGAUACCGUCUCCAGUGCCUCGACCAUCCGCGGCGACAACUCGUCCAGCUCCGUGAAACAGCGCCGACUUGAGCGGAGGUGCACCGUCGGGGUCAACGAGGGAUACUCGCGCGACGAGGUGCUUCUGAGCCCGGAAGUGAUCAAGGGCGAUGUCAGACCUGGGAGCCUCGUGGCCAUCACCGUGAUCAAGACCGAGGGCGAUAAGACUGCGACAAAGGACCAUGCGACGGCCCGCGGCGGGAAUGCUGCGAACAACACAGGUGCGGGAGCGGGACAAGGCGAUGCGGCGCCCGAGGGAGCGACGCUAGGGAAGAAGUACUUCUGCGUCGCAAAGGAGAUGUCCAAGGAGCUCAAGAGCCGCUUGCCCAACGUCGACAUCUACGUUGUCAAACAUAUCGCAGAUGCCUUUGGCAUGAAAAAGGGCACGCAGGUACUCUUGACGCCGGUGGAUGCUGACAACCCCGCGACGGCCGCCUCGCACGUUGAGCUCUCGUUCAAGGACCAGUACCUUUCGCGAUCCGACAUGUGGCGCCUGGCCAUCGGCGAACUUACGGAAAGGACAGUCUACAAGGGCCAGUCGAUACUGUUCAUGGGCACGAUAAAAGCGCAGGUCACGGCGGUAUUCGUGGACGGGCGAAAGACGCACUCUGCCUUCUUCACGAGGAACACGAGGCCGAUUUUCCGGAGCGAGUCUGCGCGGUAUGUGCUGUUCAUCCAGAUGGCGCGGGAGAUGUGGGAUUUCGACUCGGAGGGGUCCGGCGAGAUCCUCUUCAACAAGGUCGUCAACGGCUUCCUGCCGGCGCUGUUCAAGAAAUGGGCCAAGCUCAAGGCCAAGCACCUCGUGAGCAUCGUGCUCUUCGCGAGGGUGGAAUACGACACGGGCCUGACGACGGAGCUGGCGAGCAGCACGCUGCAUGGGGACUACUACACAGGUGUGCAAAUAUCGGGCGACCGCAGGCCGUACAAGGACUUUUACCGUGUCGUUGUCAGUGAGAUGGCGAGCGGGGAGUGGACGACGAUCCUCAACCAGCUGAAGCGCGAGUUCAACUUCUUCCGGCGGGACAUUAGCCUGCACCACCAAAAGGCCAACAGCGCGUUCGUGCCGCUGGCCGAGGAGAACGGCGGCAAGGGCAUCGCGUCCAACCGCGUCAAGGCUGAGUCGUCGCUGGCCAUGUACGGCAACUUCCUCGAGGCCAUCAACCUCGCCUCGUCACAGUUCGCGCACGACUAUGUGGACCGCGACCUCAUGCGGACGGGCAUCUCGAUUGUGGUCAUUAGUCCCGGGCCCGGCGUAUUCGAGGUUGAAUACGAGUCUCUGCGCCGGACCACCGAGGCCCUCGUCGGCAACGGAAUCGGCAUCGACCUCAUCUGCGUGCCAAAGAUGCCGCUCCACUCCGUCCCGCUCUUCCGGUACCGCAACCCGCAGACCUCGGAAGGCUCUCACGGCCUGUCGAGAUCGAGAUCCGUACGGAGCCGCGAGAGCACGCCGAAGCAGCAGGCUACGCCCAUCAUCGGCAGUUACCAGUCGAUGGCCGAGUCGCUGUCACCGACAAAGGGACUAGAGCUCGCUCACCGCAUCGACAGGCUUGCGAAUCCGCAGGACGAGUGGUCGUAUGCGGUGCCACAAUGGCUGCACGUCUCCUACUGGACCGGGACAUCCGAAGAGGCGCUGUCGUAUCAAGGCAUCGCCCUCUCGGUGUCCGAGGACAAGGAGGGCCAUGAGAGCGAAGACUUUGCUAUUCGCGCCAGGAUGUAUGAUCUUCAGAUGCGCAGCGUCUUGGAGACGAACGAGAUCGAGACGACACCGCUUCAGGCUGACCCGCUGUUCCCUGUGACGACGACCGAGUCUAAGAGCUCGCUACGGUCGCGGCUCAGCGGGACAGACGAGAUCGCCAUGAUACCCCUGAAGCGCCACCAGGACACGCUCGUGGACCAUGUGUACGGGUUCCAAAAGUUCAUGCCCGACAGGCUCGUGAAGCCGGGCGAGAAGUCGCUGUGGAAGCAGCUGCAGGAGUACGACGAGACUAGGGCGAGAUUGCCGAGGUCGCGGCGGCCUGCGCAGGCAAGAGCCUCAAGAGACUUAGAGGAGACGACGAGGCGGCAGCUGAUGGAGGACGCUGGGCUGUUUGGGACGUCGCUGCCCGAGAAAAAGAUUGUACCGAACCAGAGCCUCGCGGCCGUCACGGCGGGGCGCAAGUUAUCGGUCAACAUUGUCGAUAGUGAAAAGGCGGAGAUUGUGGCCGCUGCGAGGAAGGCUGCGAACCACCCCCCGGCGGCACCAUCCGCGGGUGCGGCGGGGACAUCAUCUCAUCAGACGUCGUCUUCCACUUCCUCGUCGACGACCCCCGAUUCUCACAGCGUGGCGGGCAAGAUGUCUGUAGCAUCGCCGUCCAAGCCUCCUAGAUUUAUGCGACAGAUCAGUCUCGGCCUGCGGGGCUUCGGCAUCGCGGCGCCCAAGGUGGUGGCGGCGGAGGCGAGCUUCGAGACGGUCAAGGCUUCAACGGAGCAAAGCGUGACGAGCCCCACGAUGCCGCUGGUCAUGUCGACGAUGCCGCGCCCGUCGUCGCCGCAGGUCAUCAAGCCGAGUAUUUCGACGGCCAUGUCCUCGUUCUCGCCGCAGCUGUUCCGUUCGGAUUCGCGGGAUACCCUCACAGACUUGCCCUCGACGCCGAGCAUCCCCAUCAACAUGAAAUCCUCGCGGCGGGGCGAGAGCUCGGUCGGCCAGCAGCAUAGAUACGGGACCGUUCUGCCGUCGUCGUCGCUGGCGCGCAAGGAUCAUUUCCGGGAGGACCCCGACCAGAGGAACUCUCACGUGUUCAGGGCAGAGGAAGACAAUCAGAAAAUGUUCAAUAGUAAGCUGCGCGCUGGUGCUAUGCCUGAACUGCCGUCCACGUUGUCGCCGACGACGGCCAUCUCGCCUUGGCUCACGGUGCUGAACCCGUCGAACCCGGACAGGAACAAAGUGGACGACACGGUGCUCUACAGCAGGUGGCAGCAUGUUUUCCCCCGGACUUCGGAGAUGAAGGUCAUGAAGUGGAAGGCCCUGUGCUGUCCGGCCGCUGUGCCGCUCACGACCGAGUACUUUCCUUCAAAAUCACAGUUUGACACGGAGUACCAGAGACAGCCGUAUGUCAUUGCACAGAAUGCCGAUGACGAGCUUACCGAGGAGCCGAAAUCAAGAGAGGAGUUCCUACGGGAACUGAUCAGUCUCCGUUUCUCACAAGGCUUCCAAGUAGUCAUUGGCCCGUCCGUCGCAAAAGCGUUUGGGCAGAGGCUGCUGCGGAUCGCCGACAUUUUCUCACGUGACCAGGCGAUGGAGGACGGCACGAGCAUCUUCCUUUCGGUGGGCAACACGAUCCACCAGCUUUCGUGUGUUAAUGGCACGGAGGUGGAGGUCAAUAUCUACAUACGCAAACCGGCCGAGCUGACGGUGGGCAACUCCAAUUCCGGCCCGCUAUACAGGCCGGCGAUCCGCACGUUGAUGGAAAGCGGGUAUCGGACGCAGGAGGUUGACAUCUCGACGCCGAAACCCGAGAGGAACUGGAACUACAUUGACUCGUAUCUUGCGGGCCACCACGAUGAGAUGACUGAGAACCUGAGGUUCUGGCGGACGCGGUUCGUGCUCAUCCCCAUGGUGUCGCGGUCGUCGGCGGUGCCUAGGAAUCAAGCCGGCGACAACGCCGAGGAGGUGCGGUUAGAGGGUAUCAGACGGCUUUCAUUAUCAUGGCAAAAGUACCGGUACAUCCCGCCGUUUGAGCGGAGAUACCAGACGGCCAAGUCGAAGCGCGAUCCCAACCCCCUGGACAUUGUGUACAAGACGGAAGACCCGUCCGUCGUCAUCGCGGCCGAGCUCGACAACUUGCCUUUGGUGGAGGGCCUGGGCGAGAACCGCAAGGGACAGCUCAUCACGAGCCGGGAGCACUUUCGCAAGUCUAAUCUCAACCUCUCGGCGCUGGCCGAGGCGAUUCAGCAGCCUGUCGAGAACGGCGGCGUCAAGCUGCAGAACCGGCGGUGGCAUCUGCGGCUGCACUACAAUUGCUUCAUCGGGUCCGACAUGACGACGUGGCUCAUGGACAACUUUGAGGACCUGGACAGCCGCGAGGAGGCAGAGCAGCUGGGAAACAUGCUCAUGGUCAAGACGUACGACCGGCCGUCGGACGACAAGAAGGACCGCGGCGGGCUGUUUGAGCACGUUGAGCGCCGGCACGUGUUCAGGGACGGACAGUACUUUUACACCAUUGCCACCGAGUACGCGAAACCGCACCCUCCCGGCUGGUUCAACUCGCGCCGGGGCCGCGACGUCUCGGUGCCUUCGACACCCAUGUCAGAGAACGUCCCGCGCGACUCGCCGCGGCCGGGCAUGAUUUCCCGGCCGACGUCUAUCAACGAGGAAAACUCGCCCAUCUCGGGCGCCACCACCCCGACGGCAUACUCUGUCAUGUUUAGCAACAAAAAGGUGCCCAAGGUCUGCCUUAGCAAAGUCAUCAAAUACGACGUGGACCACCGGAAGCGGUCGUACCGGCCCGAGCGCGUCGACCUGCACUACGACCGCCUCCACAACCCGGACAACUGCUACCACAUCCGCAUCGACUGGAUGAACGUGACGGCGAAGCUGAUCGAGGACGUGGUGGAGGGCUGGGCGCGCGAGGCGGCGACGUACGGCCUGCGGCUGGUCGAGGUGCCCAUCAAGGAGGCGUGCUCUAUCACGGAGGUGAACCCUUUUAGGAGGCCGUACCUCAUCAAGCUGUCGGUGCCGCCGCCGAGCCAACAGCCGGUGACGUACUAUGAGCCCAACUCGUUCUCGCCGCAGACGGCGCCGGGAAAACACUUUUAUCAAAAGGUGCUGAUGCGGAAAUUCGAUUUCGUGCUCGACAUGGAGGCCGCGUCGAAUUUCCCGCGCGACGUCGAGGUGAGGUACUCGUGGGGUCGGCCGGAUUUCAAGUAUUCGCAGUAUAUCCACCGGUCCGGGGUGCUGCUGGCGGAGAUUACGGACGAGGGACAUUUCCUUGUGCUGGCCAACCGGCUUUUUAGUAAUCGGGCCUGGACGGCGCGGGAUAAGGAGCUCAAGGAUAUGAGGGAGGCGAAUAGUAGCGCCGGCGGCAGUGGUGGUGGUACGAACAAUGUCGUUGAGCGCGGGGGCAGGAUUAUACCCGUGGGCUCGUACACGCCCUUUGGGAUUCCGGAGCCGACGCCGAUGAGCAGUCCGAUGGUGAAGCCCGUUUUCUAUGCCGGAGGUGGUGGUGGGUCGCCUGCGGUGAGGGCCUCGGAUAUGAGAGCGAGUUCUAGCGCGUCUGGCGGGCCUUCUGGCGCGACGGCGUCAUCGGCAGCAAACACAACGGCCGCGGUGGACCCGAUACCGAUCCUCAAGGAGCUCGAGGCGUUUUGCAACGACGGGCCGGGGCUGGAGGCGUUCUACAAGGAGACGCUGGAGCGGGGCCCGCCGCAGGCCAUGACUACCCCCGGAGCGAUGAGGCCUACCGUCGUUGGGCUUGAGGCUGUGCCGGAGGCGAGUAUAUCGAUGUUGGGGCUGCCGGCGGGUGUUCUUGGAGAUUUGCAUUCUGGCGGCGGCGGUGGUGGGCUUGGGUAUGGAGGCGCAGGUGGAGGUGGAGGUGGACCGGAAGGGCUCCGGGGGUUGCAUAUUGGUGGUGGAAGCCCGAGCCCGGGGCCGAGGAGCUUGAUGAGUAGUCCGGCUGCGGGGAUGCAGUUUUUGAGGAGGGCGAGUGUGCAGGAUGGGCUUGGGUUGGGGGGUGGGGGGCCUAGGAGGGAGGUUAGAGAGAGGGAGAGGGAGAGGGAGUGA